AUGAGUGAGCCGCCAGGUUCAGGCGUACGCGCCACUGAGCCUGUAAACGGCAGCGGCAGAGACGCGGGCCCCGGCCAGCCCACCAGCGCCGAAAUAGGCGGUGCACCUGCAGCGGACAGCCGCGAACCCUCUGGAUCUUCGGGAAACCAGCCCCCCCGCAGGCAGCACGACCUGCUGGAUCGCGCCCCCAUCCCUCGCAACACCUGCGGCUGCGGCGAGGCCCGCGCCCCCGCCUCGCUCGGCCCCUUCCUGCGCUGCGGCGGCUGGCGGCCCCCGCCCGAGCUCGCAGGCCCCGGCGCCAACGGCGGCGACAGCCCCGCUGCGACGCCGCUGGGGCCGGCGUCCGGGGAGGGCGGAGAUGCGCCUUAUGGAUGGUGGACUGGGUCUGCUUUGUUUGUGUCUAAGGACGGCUGGUCAGAGGCGGAUCCAGACGGCCGCGCCGCCACACCCACACCCCCGCCGCCGCCGCGCCUGCUGUGGCGCGACGCCGCCGCCCGCGGCGCCGGCGCCGAUCGCGGCGGCGGCGGCGGCCGCGGGGGCGGCGUGGGGCAGAGGCUGCGGGCGAAGGGGGAGGCGGAGGGGCGGCAGCUGGACGAGUGGGGCGGCUGGAAAUUCUGGAGGUUUGAUCUCGAGAUCCCCGUCGCGUGGCGCGAGCGGCGGAUCUCGUACGAGAUCCGCGCCGCCGACGCGGCCGCGCACCGGGGCGGAGGCCGCGCCGGCGGCGGCGUGCUCGCGAGGCUAGUGGGGCGCGGCGGCGGCGAUAGCGGCAGCGACUGCGGCGGCGGCGGCGGCGAGCCUGAUAGCGGCAAAGGAAGCGGCGACGCCGAAGAGCUUGCUUUCUACAUCGCAGGCGCCGACCAGCCGUGGCGCUGGGGGUUUUACAGCUGCGCGGGCUUCAGCAACGACGUCCCCCUGGAGGAUCAUGACAAGAAGCAUGGCGGCUUCGGCCUGCUGGUGGGCAGCGGGGACCAGCUCUACAACGAUGACGUCUUCACCACGCCCUCCCUCAAAGAAGUGCCGCAGGUCAUGACCUGGGACGACCACGACCUGUUUGACGGCUGGGGCUCGUACCCCGAGAGGGUCCAGACCUGCCCCGUUUUCAAGGGCAUAUACGCCGCCGCCCGGCGCUUCUACCUGCUAUUCCAGCUGCACACCACCCACGCCCUGGCGCGCACCCACCAGUACUUUGGCGGCCGCGGCUACAGCCAACUGCUGCUGCUGGGGCCCAGGGUCGCGCUGGCGCUGCCCGACCAGCGGGCGGAGCGCACCACCCAGCAGGUCGGUCAAACGGUCAACAACACUGCGACGCCUGCGCCCAUGCGCGCCAGGGGUGGCACGAGCGGCCGGGCGGUCGCUACAGAGGACGGAGGCUGGCGCCGCCGGCCCGGCCGCGACGGAGAGGGGGCAUUAGCGCCGCGGCUGAAGGCGGGGCGCGGGCGCCGGCGCGGGAGUCUGCGCGCCCUGCCGCAGAUCAUCGGCAUAGACACCUAUUUUGAGCUGUUCAUGCGGCUCUACCAGCUGCCAGCUGGCGUGCGCCACCUCGUGGUGGUGACCACGGUGCCCCUGGUCUAUCCCCACCUCACCACCUCACAAAAGGUCCUUGAGGUGUGCCACAGGCUGAGCAACAUCCCGGCCAUCUUUCGAGUCCUCAAAGCCACCGGUUUAACCCACCAGGUGUACUCGCACUUUGACGAGCCAGACCUGCUGGACGACCUCAAGAUCUCAGAUCACGGAUCACAAAGUGGCCGGAGCGUGUUUGGCUAA